AUGGGCUACAAUAUGGGAAUUCGUUUAAUAGAAGACUUUUUAGCACGUACUGGAUCCGGUCGAUGUUACGAUUUUCGAGAUACAGCCGAGAAAAUACAAACUGGUUUUAAGAUAUUUUUGGGAAUAACACCAACGAUAACAAAUUGGAGUGCUGCUGGUGAUGAAUUUUCUUUAUGUUUUGAAACAAAUCCAUUGACAGAAUUUGUUGAAUUACCAGAUCAUUGUUUAAAUCUAAAAUAUUGUAACAUUUUAAUUGGAGUAUUAAGGGGAGCUUGUGAAAUGGUACAGAUGGAAAUUGCUUGUUGGUUUGUGCAAGAUCAACUUAAAAAUGAUAAUGUAACUGAAUUACGCGUUAAGUUUAUUAAAAGAUUAGAAGAUGCUAUCCCAGCAGGUGAAGAUUAA